CUUUAUCAACCUGCUCUGUUGAAACCUCCCCACUUCCCUCCGCGUUUGACGCUCUGUUCUCAGACGGGUUCGCUAUUCGGUAUUUACGCGUCGAAUUAUGUUUACAUAAAAGCGAAAUGUCCCUGGAAGUGUCAAUUCUAAGCCAGCACGAUUUGUUCAAGAACUGGGCCCCGGUGGCGUCGAGGCCAAAGUUCUCGCGUCGGCUGGCCUAUUCCCUCGACAGGAUCUUCACCUGGAACCCGACGGAGAACUCGGUCCACGUGGUGAACGUCAAGCACUGUGUCCGAGACAAAGAUCUCAAGACGCAGGUCGUCUUCGAAUUGACGCCGAAGCUGCUGUUCGAAGUCGAAGGCCUCGAGCCGAACCCGUCCUGCACCCUCCUCUGCCUCUCGGGCAAGAACGGCGUCGCGAUAGUCAACCUCCCGGAAAGGUGGUCCCAGGCCAAGUCCACGGUCAACUUCACCUCGAUCGGCCAGAGGCUUUUCCUCGGCGAGCAACAUCAGCUGCGGCAAGUUCGCUGGCACCCGGGAUCGCCGUCGGAUUCUCAUCUCGUCAUCCUCACUUCAGACGAGUGUCUCAGAUGCUACAGCGUCGCCGAUGGAGAUAUGUUAUGGAAGUGUUUCCUGUCAAAACGUGCUGCCAGUUGGCACAGCAACAUACCCGGGAAGGUCUCGCUUGGUGACACCCCGGUUGAUUUUGAUUUUGGACCUCCUCCAUUUGAUGAAGACUUGCUUCAAAUCAAAUGGCCCAUUCUGGUUCUUUGGGGACACGGUGAUGUCUACUCAGUUGUGUCCAGUUUGAACAAGGAGAAAACUAGUCUGGACGGACCGUUGAGAAUGUUCCCUCCUUCGGAUGAUAAUUACGGCACGGACGCCAGUUCCAUUAUUGUACUGAACUCGUCUCCUCCUAUUGUCGUGCUUUCUACUUGCACCGGGACGCUUUACCACUGUCUUCUCAUGGGCUCUGAGGAGCCGGAGCAUAAAAACGACAAGUCUCUUUAUGUGAUCGAAGGGGUGGAACUGAAUGUCGGGAUCACACUCUGGGAAGAUGAUGAUCUAGUUUCGACAAAGAUCGCUCUUAUGAAAGACCCAGUUGAAUCUUCAAGAUAUUUCUGUAUCCAUGAUGGCGGGAUUCACUCUGUAAUGGUGCCGAUUGUGUCAAAACUUUAUGAAUUCCUGAACGAAAACGAUGAUGACUUUGGCAGUUAUAAAAUCUCAAGUUCAGUGGAUUAUUUAAUAUGCACAGGGCUUAAUAGUGAAAACAGUCUAAAAUCUUCUCCAAUUUUGGGUUGCGCAUUCCUUGAUCUUUCAAUGACCCUUCUUGUACUUCUCCAAUCCGGUGUACUCAUGAAUAUCAAAAUGCUCCCGAAGACUAUCUACUCGGUUGAACCUCUUGCCGUGGAGAGGAGCAAAUCCGACAGCGAUGGAUUUCUCCUCAUGAUCGAGAAUGCGCUUAAUGAGAACGGAAUCAUGUCGGUCCUCCCGAUGGUCAAGCUUCCCGACAUGACACCCCAGGCGUGGCUCGAAAUUGUCAUGCGGACAUCACAGCACUGUAGAAAAGUGCUAAAAGUGCAUGAGUCUGUCGCGGCCCAGAUUGCAGAAAGAGCAGGUGCCAUUAGAGCUGCAGUCUCUACGGAGUUAAUUCAAAUCGAAAAAUUAGUCGGCGAACGCGCCAAAUUACAAGAGACAGCGGAACAGAUUGCAGAGAGGUAUGAAGAGCUCAAUGAGAAGCAGAAUAAUCUGAUAUCACGAAUUGAAGAUGUUAUGAAGACGACUUAUAACCAAGACCCUAAACUGUCACAAAAAGAAAAGGAGACUGUCAAUUAUCUAAAUUCCCUUUCACAUAAAUUAACAAGGCACGAAAAGGAUCUAAAUAGGGUGCGGACGAUGCAGAAGUACCAGGCUUCGGUUUCAAAAGAAGUAGGCUCGUUGUUGGACAACAAGGAUUUCUACCUCGAUGAUACAAGAACUAAGGCAAUUAGGCAAGAGCUCGGAGCCCUUUCGACUGACAUUAAUGAAGUGGCUCACAAAGUCAGAGAUAUGUGGUCUUGUCUGCGUGACAGUGGAGUUUACAAGUAGUAUUUAAGUUUUUAAAU